GUGAAAUAUUUCAAACUCUUAUCUUUGACAAAUCUUCUCCUACAAUUUUCUUCCUUCUUCAACCUCUGUAUCUCUGCUAUAUAUACGAUGGACAUGCUAUUCACCAUCGCCACCUAAAUCAACAACCAAGUUUAGCCUUUCUCCUCUUUUCAUCCUACAGUCACGAUAUUUUCUCACUUAAACUCUCUUCCAUGGCGGCCCUCAAAGCUUCGUUUAUGCUAAGAACCCUCGACAGCGACGUCUCCGGAGAUGUUAUCGCCGACCAGGUACAACGCGGAUCCGGUGCUAUUCACGUUAUCAUGGGCCCUAUGUUUUCUGGGAAAUCUACCUCCCUCCUCCGCCGGAUCAAGUCUGAAAUCAGCGUCGGAAGAAGUGUAGCGAUGCUGAAAUCGAGCAAGGAUACGAGAUACGCGAAAGAUUCAGUGGUGACACAUGAUGGAAUCGGAUUCCCUUGCUGGGCUCUUCCAGAUCUAAUGUCAUUUCCUGAGAAAUUCGGUCAAGAUGCCUACGACAAGCUUGAUGUGAUUGGUAUUGAUGAGGCUCAGUUCUUUGGAGAUCUUUAUGAGUUUUGCUGCAAAGUCGCCGAUGAUGAUGGCAAAACAGUGAUUGUUGCAGGCCUGGAUGGUGACUAUUUGAGGAGGAGGUUUGGUGCUAUUCUUGACAUUAUACCAAUAGCUGAUUCUGUGACGAAGCUAACAGCAAGGUGUGAGGUUUGUGGACAGAAAGGUUUCUUCACUCUAAGAAAGACUUGCGACACCAGAACCGAGCUCAUCGGUGGAGCUGACGUCUAUAUGCCUGUUUGUCGCAAGCAUUACAUCAAUAAUCAAAUUGUCAUCAAAGCUUCCAAGAAAGUGUUGGAUUCUGACAAGGCAAGAGCUGAAUCUCGUGUGGAGGCAGCUGCUGCUAUGGUCUAACUAUAAAUUGCUUUGGAACCAGUAACAUAGUCUAUAUGAUGGUGAAAUUUUGUUUUUCUGUUUGCUUUCGUUUCACUUGGGCGUAUCCUCAAUGUUGUCUUUGAAAAUCACUUGUGAUGUUCCUUGUAUAUAAUAAGUAUGUGUUUGAUAAUUUCUCUAUAGUUUUUGUCCAUCUAUCAUGCAUUCUACAGGCUUUUGUUAGCAGCUUGUCUCAUUUUAUCCUUUCA